AAUUAACCUUUUGUAAUCAGCCCAUAUGAAACACAUUAUCAUAUUAGCUGGUUUGUUUAAAAAACAUCUAUUCCUCCAGUGUUAAGUCAUUGAACAGUGCACAUUAAAAAUGACUUUUUAAGGUAAAAUUCUAAUCUCUGUUUGGACAAAACAUGACAUCAUCAAACGUUCUUUGCGUCGCCAUAUUGUCAACAGAUUGUCCACCAGCAACCACGGCAACGCCACGGUCACAUUGUUAAUCGCCGUAAAGUUAUAGCAAAAUAUUUACACUUUUAAACUUAAAAGUCUGUUAUAAUUCGUAAAAACAUCUUAUAUUGAAUUUGUGCUUAUUUUGUGUCUUAAAAUGUAUCUUUUCUCUUGAUCUAGUGGACUAACCCUGCCAUUUUUACAAAAAGAUAGUCAUUGAGAUUGUCCGUGUAUAUGAUUGUUAUACAUACGAUACUUUGCAAAAGUAUUGGCCACCAUUGGAGUUGUUGUCUGCUGUACUUAUUAACUUUUCCUGUUUUCCAGUAACUUGGUAGUUUAGGGCCACACCGAAAAAAAAAAAAUUAAACAUGUAUUAUGAGAAAACUGUGAAUAAAGCCAUUAUUAAAGUGUUGUUUUACAUGAGUACAGUACAUCUGAGAAGAAAAAAGGUACUAUAAAAAGGGUAAUUUUACAAAAUUGGUAAAUUAAUAAUUUACAUGAGAAAAAGUUGCUAAUUUUAUGACAAUAAUGACGUAAAUAAUGGUUUAAAAGUACAGUUUCAUAAAUAUUCGCAUAGUACUCAAUGUACAGUACAAAUUUUGGGAGUACAAAUGUACUCCCAAAAUUUGCAUUUUUCUUUAUUGCAUUUUAAUAUUUUGACUUGUAUCUUUUAGUAUUCAUGUUCUUUCUUUAAAAACAUGACUUUUCUCAUGUUUGUUUCAGUCUGGCCCUAAUACAAAACUAAUAUAUAAUGUAUAAAGAGUGUAUGGUUAAUGGAGUACAUGUGGGACACUUGAGCUGCCAUUCUUUAAGUGAACCCUUAUCGAUGCAAAAAAGAGCACCAGUCCUUCUAAUGACUCAAAAUGCUGCUUAUUAAAAAAAUACAGAGGUGACCAAAGACUUUUGCACUGCACUGGAUGGCUACAAUAAAAACAUGUUCAUGAUUGUUGAGUCAAGUUGGUCCAAAUGGUAUUUGAGGUCCAUUCGAACACUUGGUGUUUGUGCCUCAGAAGACCUGACGCAUGACGUGAGCCACACCCCCCCCCAUCCUCUGUCCGUCCCUUUCUGUUGCAUAGUGUUGUUGUGAGACCAUUUUUAAAAACACCUCCCCAACAAUGACGCCACAACCAUAUCAAACACAAAAUACGUCUGAUUAAAUGUAGUCUGAAGAAAAGAGACCGAAGCAGGCACCUCAGUGUCACUGUGUACCGUCGCUCCUUCCGUCUUCCCUGUCCUCUGUCCAGUCACAGCUUUGUCGUCUUCAUUCCGCAGCCCUACUCAGUGCGAUGAGUGGGAUUCUCAUGGUGGUUGUUCUCACCCUCAAUCUCCUGGUGGCUGAACAGGGCACUCCACCAGGUUUUGGAGUGGUGCAUUACCCUGGACGUCCCGGCGUUCAACUUCUUGAUCUCCUGCAAGAAAACGACAGAAUUUGUCGAACUCGUCGCUCAUUCGCCGCAGCCGCCGCCCGUACUUCGUGGCGGCCCAGAGCUCAGGAGGAGCCGACUUUGAGCGACCCCGGAACGGACCGCCGUCUGUGGGCGUGCCAGCAUCCUCUUCCACCCUGCUUAGGAGCUCCUCGUCCCGGGACACAGUGGAAGCGUGGGACUCCGAGUUGAGCCUGAUACGACCUAUUUCAAGGCGGGAUGAAGAAAAGGUGUGAGUGGGCUCGGUGCAGCAGGUAAAGGAUAGCAUCCUCCACACCAACGCCUGCCUGGUACGCAAACUGCAGGCUGUCCUGGGCAUGUUGCACCUGUGGUCUGAGGAGGCUGAGAAAGAGCCGCUCCAUUGUCUUCAUUAUAUGAGAGGUUUGACCCCGCCCUGAGUGGACCUAAGGCGUCUUCCUGUAGAGUCCAGUUGGCAGGCAGGCUGCACCACCAGAACUGGAUCCAGCAGCCAUGUCGAAGUCUCCUUCCUAUCUCAUCCCUUCUUUCCCCUUCCUUUUCUUUGCCUCCUUAGUUUUCCUCCUAUCCUGCUUUGGAUCCGUCCAAGCACACUCACCUCAGAACUGCUCAGCCGGGGGCGACCCGUGUCAAGAUGGCGUGCUGCUGCCUGUGUGGAACCCCCAGAACCCUUCGGUGGGCGACAAAGUGGCACGGGCCAUUGUUUACUUCGUUGCGCUCGUCUAUAUGUUCCUGGGCAUGAGCAUAAUAGCAGACAGAUUCAUGUCCUCCAUAGAGGUCAUAACAUCCCAGGAGAAAGAGAUAACCAUAAAGAGGCCCAACGGCGAGACUACCUCCACCACUGUAAGAAUCUGGAAUGAGACAGUCUCCAAUCUGACCCUCAUGGCGCUGGGCUCGAGUGCACCUGAGAUUCUGCUGUCCGUCAUCGAGGUGUGCGGUCACGGCUUCACAGCGGGAUCUCUGGGCCCGAGCACCAUCGUGGGCAGCGCCGCCUUCAACAUGUUUGUCAUUAUCGCGCUGUGCGUCUACGUGGUGCCCGAUGGCGAGACGCGCAAGAUUAAACACCUGCGGGUGUUUUUCGUCACGGCCGCCUGGAGCAUCUUUGCAUAUAUUUGGCUGUACCUCAUUCUCAGCGUCUUCUCUCCUGGCGAGGUGGAGCUGUGGGAGGCGGUGCUGACCUUCAUGUUCUUCCCCCUGUGCGUGGUCCAAGCCUGGGUGGCCGACCGCCGCCUCCUCUUCUACAAGUAUGCCCGCAAGCGUUACCGCGCCGACAAGCACCGAGGUGUCAUCAUUGAGACGGAAGGGGGACCGGAUGGAGGCGGGAGCGGGGUGCUGGGCCCGGGCGGCUUCACCAAGAUGGACAUGCUGGAGCUGGAUGGCCAGAUGGCGCUCAACUGCAGCGGGAUGGACGGCGGAAUGAUGGAAGAGGGAGGGGCUAAGGAUGAGGAGGACGAGGCUCGGCGGGACAUGGCGAGGACUCUGAAGGACCUCAAACAGCGGCACCCAGAUAAAGACAUGGAACAGCUAAUUGAAAUGGCCAACUAUCAGGUUCUGAUGCAGCAACAGAAGAGCAGAGCGUUCUAUCGUAUCCAAGCAACCAGGAUGAUGAUCGGAGCCGGCAACAUCCUCAAGAAGCAUGCUGCAGACCAGGCUCGCAAGGUGGUGAGCAGCCAUGAGAUUCAAGCCCAAGAGGAUGACCCGCACACAGUCAGGCUGGAGUUCGAGCCCCCCUUGUACCAGUGCUUCGAGAACUGCGGCUCUCUCAAGCUGACCGUCUCCAGACACGGAGGAGAUGCUGGAGUCACCGUCAAGGUGGAUUAUCGCACCGAGGAUGGCACGGCCAACGCUGGCUCAGAUUACGAGUUUGCAGAAGGAACGCUUUUGUUCAAGCCUGGCGAGACUCUCAAAGAGAUCACCGUGGGGGUGAUUGAUGACGACAUCUUUGAGGAGGAUGAGUACUUCUACGUGCAUCUGAGCAAUCCCCGACUGGUGGGCUACCCGGAGAUCAACACCUCCCCUCAGGACGUGAGCUCCACCCCCAAGGCGGUGCUGGGUGACAACCACACUGCCACGGUGACCAUUUAUGACGACGACCAUGCCGGUAUUUUCACCUUUGAGAUGGCCAGUCAGCGAGUGAGCGAGAGCGUGGGUGUGAUGGAGGUGAAGGUGCUGAGGACAUCUGGCGCCCGGGGCCUGGUGGCUGUCCCUUACCGAACGUUGGACGGCACUGCCAGAGGGGGCGAGGACUACGAGCUGGCAGCUGGCAAGCUGGAGUUCCAAAACGACGAGACCAUGAAAAUCAUUGCGGUGAAGAUUAUCGACGACGAGGAGUACGAGAAGAACAAGGCCUUCACCAUCGAGCUGGGCGAGCCCGUGCUCUUGGAGAUCGGACAGAAGCAUGGAGACUCUAACGAGAACAAACCUGUAGUUGGAGCGGAGGAGGAGGAAGUGGCCAAGAUGGGCUGUCCCAGUCUUGGCGAGAACACACACCUGGAAGUCGUAAUCGAGGAGUCUUACGAGUUUAAGAGAGCUGUGGAUGUGCUUAUGGAGCGUAAAAGAAAGAGUACAGUGGACAAGAUGAUCAAGAAGACAAAUCUGGCGUUGGUGGUGGGCAGCAGCAGCUGGAGGGAGCAGUUUGUCAGUGCAGUGACUGUCAGUGCAGGAGACGACGACGACGAGGAGAGCGGCGAGGAGCGCCUCCCGUCGUGCUUCGACUACAUCAUGCACUUCCUCACAGUCUUCUGGAAGGUUCUGUUCGCCUUUGUGCCGCCCACCGAGUACUGGAACGGCUGGGCCUGCUUCUUUGUCUCCAUCUCGCUCAUCGGCGUCCUGACGGCGGUCACCGGGGACCUGGCGUCGCACUUCGGCUGCACGGUGGGACUGAAGGACUCUGUGACAGCUGUGGUGUUUGUGGCGCUGGGCACGUCAGUGCCAGACACAUUCGCCAGCAAGGUGGCAGCCAUCCAGGACCAGUACGCCGACGCCUCCAUCGGCAACGUGACGGGUUCCAACGCCGUCAACGUCUUCCUGGGCAUCGGCGUGGCCUGGACCAUCGCCGCCGUGGCCUGCCGUGCCCGCGGCCGGCCCUUCAUGGUAGACCCGGGCAACCUGGCCUUCUCUGUCACCCUCUUCACCAUCCUGGCGUCGGUGUGCGUGGUGGCGCUGCUUUACCGGCGGCGGCCGGCAGUGGCCGGCGGCGAGCUGGGCGGCCCGCGGACUUGCAAGCUGUUGACGUCGCUGUUCUUUGUGUCGCUGUGGCUCCUCUACAUCCUGCUGGCCUCACUGGAGGCCUACUGCCGUCUUCCGAGCUUCUAGAGAGACACGGGAAUACUGAAAAGCUGAUGGAACUGACUGUGCCAAGGUAGUAGAAGAAAAAGAAGAAGAAGAAGAAGAAGUUGCAUCCGUGACGUGCGGUGAGGUUCAUGUCUGGUGAGGCACUCAGAUUUACACAUACGCCCCUCAGGUGUGGCUGAUAACUGUCAACUUCACCUCAUGACCUUUAUUGUCCGUUCAGCAAGUAUAUCGACAUCACACAUGAACACAGAACGUAAACAUUACAUUGUUUUUAACAGAUUUUGAUCAGGAAAUGCGCAAAUUUCACUAUUUUUACUUCGGAAAAUGUUCAAAAAUGAUUGGGGAUGUGCAUAAAAUCCAUUUAUAACACAGAUCAGUGGACGAAUAUUGUAAUAAUAUAAUAUAUUCAGAUGUAUAUAUAAAUAUAUACAAAUAUAUAUGAUAUUUAUUUAUGUUAUCAGUUAGUUUUGUGUUUUCCAUGAUGAGGCCCCC